AUGUCGCUCCCCGCUGUGGAUCUUAAGUUCCUUUCGAACGUUUCCCGACGGCUGCAGGAACGCGCUCUCCACGUUUACGUGCCGGGGGAUUCGCGAUCUUCCGUCGCCAUCAUCUUCCGCUUCGGAGAUGACCGGCAGCAGCACGCCGUACGCCGCCUACUUGCGGGUGCAAAGGAAGUGCAACAGGUGUUCCAACGACAUUUAUCGGCUGGUAUAGGUAUGGACCUCCCAUCAACAUUACAAGUACUGCUGGUAAGGCGAUUAGAUUUAGUUAAGGACCGGUGGAGUGGGAGUGUUACGUACCCGGGCGGACGUCGCGACAGGGGUGACGCAGACGACUACAGCGCACUGUGCGCAAGGGUGAAUGAAAUGCUUGGAAUUCCUCUGACUUCCUCAGAGUUUCUUCUUCUUGGUCGUCUCCGUGACUAUCCGAUCCGGAGCCGCCGCUUGCAGUUGGGAGGUAUGGUGCAGUCCCGCUUCGUAUUCUUGCACAUUGGUGAGCUUGCCCCAACACUGCGUUUCGCCUCGCAUAUGGUAGAGGCUGCACGGUGGAUUCCCUUCAGUGCUUUAGAGGUGAAUCAGCGUUGCGCGCGAAGCACCGUGUCUCAUCCGUUAAGGUCUUUUGUCCACCCCUCUGAUGCUGAGACACGUUUGUUAUUGACGGAGCUGUUCCCUCAUGCGUGUCUGUCUUUUCCCGCUGUGCAGGUGCCGGACCAGCAAUGGAAGGUGUGGGGUUUGGCUCUGCGUUCCGCAAGUGAGUUGAUGGCUCUCGAUGACCGCUCAACCGCGGACUGGCCACUGGUAUCAUCAAAUAAUGCCCUCCUACAGCAUUUUGUUAUUGACCCGUUGCAUGGGUACUAUGAACUUCUGUACACUUACCACCGUGUGAGGGGGCAGUGGGGGCGCAAAGGUAAUGAGCUGCGAAACCUCUCGAGGUGCGACGUGAUUCCGCCCACUUGCCACCCGAUUCUUUGGGCCGUAUCGGAUGAGGCGAACCCACGGCACGUUUUUUUUCUGCUCCUAUGUGCAGCCUUUGUGACUAUGAUGGCGUAUGCCAUUGCUACUGUCGUUCAUGGUGCAUGCACUGUGGUCCGCUUGGCUUUUGGUUGUAACGAGGGGGAUGGGUUUGAGAGGACGUUGGGGUAUUGCACAGCAUCAAACAAUGAUGGAGAGGUGUAG